GUCCCUUGCAACUGUUUACAUGCUUCAAACUCAUUCAUCUUCCGAGGAAUUGCCCCAUCUAUAUAACAACAGCACCUUCACUGACAAGAGCACAACACAACGAUACCAAGUCUACAUCAAAACGACCCGAAAGUGGCGUCUGAAAUCAAACAUCGCUCCGCAAAAUGACCAACAAGAAGAACUUCGAGAUCGCCGUCGUAGGCGGAGGCAUCUCCGGCCUAACCCUAGGCAUCGCCCUCCACAGCCGCAACAUCCCCGUAACAAUCUACGAACAAGCCUCCCACUUCGCAGAAAUCGGCGCCGGAGUCUCCCUCACCAGCAAUGCCGUGCAAGCCAUGAAACACUGCAACCAAGGCAUCUACGAAGCCUUCGAACGCGUCCGAACCAAAAACCUCUGGCCCUCAAAAGAAAAAGUCUGGUUCGAUUACCACGAUGGCUAUCAUCAUAAAUCCAACCCAAAAGAAACUCACGCUUUUACCAUUUCGAAUUCUCUCGGUCAAGCGGGUGUGCAUCGAGCGCAUUAUUUGGAUCAGUUGGUGAAAUUGUUUCCAGAGGAGAGGGCGGUUUUUGGGAAGAGGUUGGAGAGUUUGGAGAGGGAGGGUGAGAAAGAUGGUGGGAAAUGGGUUUUGAAAUUUCAUGAUGGGAGUGAGGCGAAAGCUGAUGCGGUGGUGGGGUGUGAUGGGAUCAAAUCGAGUGUGAGGAAGAUGUUGUAUGGGAAAGAUGAUCCGAGGAGUUAUCCGACUUAUACGCAUAAGUAUGCUUAUCGGGCGCUGGCGGAUAUGGAGCAGGCGGUGGAGGCGGUUGGGGAGGAGAAGGCGAAGAAUUCUUGUAUGCAUAUGGGCCCAGGAGGCCACAUGCUCACCUUCCCAGUCCAACACGGCAAAAUCCUCAACAUAGUCGCCUUCAAAACCACAACCUCCGACUGGCCCGACUACAACCGUCUCACGCGCCCCGCAACCCGCGAAGACGCCCUCAAAGACUUCGCCGACUACGGCCACGACGUAAUCAGCCUCCUCAAACUCUGCAAACCCAACCUCGACAUUUGGGCGAUUUUCCACCUUGGCGACAAUCCUCUCCCUUACUUCGCCAAAAACACAAUCUGCCUCAUCGGCGACGCCGCACACGCUACUUCACCGCACCAUGGCGCCGGAGCGGGAAUGUGUAUUGAAGAUUCUGCAGUUCUGGCGGAUCUUUUGGCGGAUGAGAAUGUGAGGACGCAGCAGGAUAUUGAAGCUGCGUUUGAGGUUUUUGAUGAGCAGAGACGGGAGCGAGGGCAUUUUCUCGUGCAGACGAGUCAGCAUAUUGGGAAUUGUUAUGAGUGGCUCGCGGAGGGUGUGGGAGAGGAUUUCAAGAAGAUUGAAUGUGAGAUUAAUUCGAGGAAUGCGAAGUUGCAGGAUGUUGAUGUGGAGGCGAUGUGUCGGAGGGCGAAGGAGCAGUUACAGGUGAAGUUGACUUCGAGCCCAUGAGGGGAGGAAAUUGUAUGUGGGAUUGGGAAAGUUCUCUUUCGAAGGUGGGCUGGUGUGCGGCGUGCAUUUGAGGCGCUCCAUUCCGCCU